UCUUUGUUUUUCUCAUUCUGACCAAAUUGUAUGUUAAAUUUAUAAAUUGCUUGUCAUUUGAUUAAAUGAUUCUUUAUUUGUGUUUAUUUAAACUUCGAGAUUUAAAUUGGAUGGUCAACAUUACGAUAACCUUGUAGUCAACUUUAAAUCGUGUUGCAUUUUCUUCUCUAUAACUGUUUAAAUUUGCGCUUUCUCUUUUUUUGGUCAGAAGAAUCGUGUUAACAUUUGGUUUCUAAAUACCUAAGUAAUCAUAUUGAACUGAAUUUGAUUACGUGGAUUAACAAUAACAUCAACUUUAAUUAAUAUUCACACACAAACUAAAGUUAAUGAGUUAUAAUGGUCGACAAUAAUGAGGAUAAAAGUGAAUCAGGUGAUCAAGCAGAUGCUGUCGUAGAAAAAGAAUUUCUUGGUGAAUAUAUACGAGAAUGUGAAGACAAAUUUCAACAAAAAGCUGAACUAAGAGCUCAAAAUGAUCGUCAAGAUUAUACCAGUUCAGAGGAAGAUCUCCAGGGAUUAGACUGUGGUGUUAAAAAGAACUGUGCAUUCGUUAAAAAGCUGCGUAACAUGACAGAAGGUCAAAAGGAAAGUCUUAUUAAGGAUAUGUUAUCAUUAAAUUUAUCCAAAUAUAUAUCUGAAGUUGCUGGGGCUUUGGUUGAAGCUAAAUUAAAAAUGUCCGAUAUUCCGAUGGCAAUCAAAAUAUGUUCACUUUUACAUCAACGUUAUUCAGAUUUUUCAUCUCAACUAUUAGAUUCAUGGAAUAAAAGUUUACCCAAAAAACCAAGUGAUUUGGCAAAUUUAAAUUUAUCCAAAAUGAGAAUCGAUAUAAGAUUUUUUGCUGAACUUAUAACAUGUGGAAUAUUUACAUUGAAAGAAGGUCUUCCCAUACUUGGUAAUCUAUUAACUCUUCUGGUAACCAGUGAUAAAGAAAAUCAUAACAAUAUCAAUAUAAUAUUAACAUUUUGCCGUCAUUGUGGUGAUGAUUAUGCCGGUUUAACUCCACGUAAAAUGCGUAUAUUAUCUGAUAAAUAUGGUAUUUCAUUGGUUAAAAGUGAUUUUUUAGCAUCUGAUCGUCAAAGAGGAUUAAGAAAUCUUUUAAAAGAUUAUUAUAAAAGUUUAGCAAGUCACAUAGUUCGUGAUCAUAAAUCAUUACAAUCAUUGGAGCGACAAAAUCGUCGUACAUUAAUAUCUAAAGGUGAAUUAAGUGAGAAAAGGAAGGAAAAAUUUGAACAAGCUCAAAUAGCUUUUCAAAAAUUAUGGUCAGCAACUCAACAAAUGGCCGAUAUUUUGGAUGAAGAUUUACCUGAAUUACCUUUAGAGGCUCCAGAUUCACUUGAUGACAUGGACGAAAGCACAAUAAAUCUAGAUAUCUCUAAUAGAUUCAAGACAAGCCAAGAGUAUGAUCCAAGUGCUCUGUGGGAAGAUGAAGACACAAGAAGUUUCUACGAAGACAUCCCUGAUCUCAAAACUUUAGUUCCUUCCAUACUAUACAAAGAUAGUGCAAAAGACGGAAUUAAGGAUAGAAAAGACGCUGCUGUCCCUGAUAAAAUAAGCAAAGAUGAAGAAGGUAGAGCUGAAGACUCCGCAACACCUGUAGUCGGUCUCAUGGAAACUGUUCUUGAAGAAAAUGAAGAAGAAACGUUAAAUGUGGAUUCUGAAGACGAUAUGCUUUCAAAUAUAAAUGAAGAAGAAGUUAAUGGAGUGUUGACAGAUGAAGAUUCGAGUAAAGAUGCUGGUCAACCAUCAAAAGAUGAAAAGCAAAGUGAAGGGGCCAAAAUAGUUCAACCAUCACCAGCUAAUAAAGUUGUUCUAGAAGCUUUUCUCACUUCUUUACUCAGCUGUGUUAACCGUGAUAUAAUUGACAAAGCAGCUUUAAAUUUCUGCACAAAUCUAAAUACAAAAUAUACAAGAAAAAAAUUGAUUCGAGCUCUAUUCACUGUUCCUAGGACGCGUCUUGAUCUAUUACCUUUUUAUUCUCGUCUGGUCGCAACUCUAGCUCCUGUUAUGCCUCAUGUUGCUACUGAUUUAGUCCAACUUUUAAAACAAGAUUUCAAAUUUCACAUCCGCAAGAAAGAUCAAAUCAACAUCGAAAGUAAAAUUAAAAACGUUAGGUUCAUUGGAGAGCUUGUUAAGUUUAAAAUUUUCCCAAAGUCUGAAGCACUGGCGUGUUUGAGGCUUUUGCUCAAUGAUUUUGUUCAUCAUCACAUUGAGAUGGCCUGUAAUCUAUUGGAAACCUGUGGACGUUACCUAUUCCGAUCACCAGAUUCUCAUCAUAGAUGCAAAUUACUUUUGGAACAAAUGAUGAGGAAGAAAAGUCUACUCCCUUAUGAUUCUCGGUAUAUGACAACUAUCGAGAAUGCAUAUUAUUUUGCCAAUCCUCCGGAAACCCAAACAAUCGCUCGUCACGAAAGACCACCAAUGCAUGAAUAUAUUCGAAAACUAUUGUAUAAAGACUUGUGCCGCACCAACUUGGAUAAGAUAUUAAUUUUAAUCCGUAAAUUAGAUUGGGAUGAUCCAGAUGUUUCCAGUUACGCCAUAAAAUGUUUUACUUCAAUAUGGAAUGUUCGUUUUUACAAUAUAAGAUGUGUUGCCAAUCUACUCGCUGCUUUAAUACCUUAUCAAGAUUGGGUAAUUCCUCAAGUAAUCGAUGGAGUAUUGGAAGAUAUUCGCCUGAUGAUGGAAAUUAAUCAUCCAAAGUACAACCAAAGAAGGAUUUCAAUCAUGAGAUAUAUUGGAGAAAUGUAUAAUUAUCGGUUGAUAGAGUCAAAUGUAGUUUUCAAGAUACUUUACUCGUUAAUUACCUAUGGUAUUUAUUACAAUACACCUGAAGUUUUCUCUGAGAUCGAUCCACCUGAUAAUUUAUUCAGGAUCAGAUUAAUUUGCCAAGUUUUGGAAACCUGUGGACAAUAUUUCAAUUCUGGAAGUUCAAAGAAGAAGCUAGAUUGUUUCAUCAUUGUUUACCAGAAAUAUUUUUGGCUUAAAAAGUCGCAAGAGUUUUAUACAGAUGAAUAUCCUUUUCCAGUCAAUCUUGAAAUUCUUUUCAAAGAUACUAUUCAUGCAUUACGGCCCAAGUUCAAAUUUGCGGAAAAUCUUGAAGAUGCUAACCAAGAAGUCGAAAAAAUUUUCAAUGAACUAAAGCCUAAACUCAGCGAAUUAUUUCCUACGUUGAAUGUUGAUCCAAAUGCUGAGCAACCAAUUGGAGACGAUGAAGAUAAAAGAUUAAAUUCCAUCGUCGAAGUAGACGAAGACUUGGAUUCAGAAUGUAACUUACCUGAUAUGGAUGAAAGUGAUGACGACAACAAUUCUGAAAUCGAUCGUGAUAGAGGAUCGGGUGAUCAAGGAGUGAAAAACCGAAGCAGCAAUUUAACAAAUACUGACGAAGGAAGUGAUACUGAGGGAGAAAAGGAGAGAAUGGUGUUGGAUGAUCGAUCAAUGCCACCAAAACUUGUUGAAUGUCCGGAAGAUGAUUUAUUCAGAAAAGAGUUUGACCGAAUAAUGUCUGAAUCAUUAAUCUCAAGAGGACAAGAAGCUAUUAGAGGUACUCUUAAUGACAUUGUGAUCCCGAUGAAUAAAUUAGUGGCUGCCAAAAAGUCGGUUGCUUUCUCAGAUAUUGGAUCAGCUGCGUCAUCUAAAGACGAAGAGAAUUCUGAAAAAUUAAAUAACAACGAAACACCAACAUUAAAUUUGAUGGUCAUGACGCGAGCUAAAGGAAACAAGCCACUUUUAAAACCUGUGCAAGUCCCAAUCGAUUCGGACUUAGCUUUAAGCUUAAAGCAAAAAGAGGAAGCUGAAAGAGCAGAGAAACAACAAGUAAAGAAAUUAACUCUUCAUAUCAACGAAAGACGUGAAAUGGAGGAAACAAUGACAGAUAAAAAUAAUUCAAUGCUUGUUAUUAAUUUCAAUCGAGAUUCUAGGCGAAAAUAUCAACAUCCUAAAGGAGCACCCGACAUUGAUCUCAUAUUUGGUAGUAAAUGAUCAUUUACGAUUUGGCAAUUAUAGCUUUUCAAUGAUUGAAACUCGUUGAAAAAACUAUUUCUUGUCGACUUUACUCAUACACUGGUGAUUCUGAGGAAAUGUUUCAAGAGGAUGAUGAUAAUGAUUCAAGAACUUGAAUCUGGAAAAUUUGAAAAGAUUAACAGACAGACAAAUACAUUUAAAGCACAUCCAUUUAAUUAGCCUAAAUAUCUCCGGCCAACUGAUGAAUUUCAACUCUUUUUGGCAACUUCUGCUCAUAAAAACAUUUCUAUUAUGUUUGUUCGAUUCAAAAUCACGCAAUUUAUAAUCAAUACCACGUUUAAAGACACCUAAAGCCAUCAACUUUCACCAUCAACAGUAGCAAUAACUUGACAAUUUAUUUUCUAUUUGGAUACAUAUCUAUUUGUUAAUGGAUUGUCUCUUGUAAAUUUAUCUAAAUUUGCCAACAGAAAAGUCCGGUGAUCUGUUCAUGUGUUGAAAGUGUGGUUUAUUCAUGACUCAGAACCGCUUGGAAAAAAUGAGAGGAUCAAUUAAGGUGAUAAACAAAAAGUUUAUAAUGAAGAUACGCUGCCAAGUCGAAGGUCAUUUCCAAUUAUAAUCUUAAUGAACCGUGAUAUUGACUACCUUCUUUCACGAUAUUAACAUCUUUAAAGUAACAAACUUUGGUAUUCAUAUAAAUAAAUAAAUAUAUAUAUGCAUAUAUAUAUUUAAACUGCAACCUUCCAUGUCAGUUGCAUCAUGUGACUUACAAUAUCAAAAUACAGGAUAACCAAUUAAUGAGUUCGCUGUUUUUUUGAGUGGUGUUGAUUAAUAGUCAUUCUGAUGGUGAAUAGAACGAGGUGAAGAUUAAGAUGAAGAAUGAUAUUUGAAAAAGAAAAAUCAAUAAAGUUUGAAUAUAAUAAUCAUUAAUGUUUUUCCGAGUUUAAAUACAGAACUGAUUAAACAAGUAAAUUGUAAGCUAUG